AGGAUUGGCUGCUGGAUCUCUGUUUUGGUUUUUGGUGUUGAGUCUGUUUGCGCGAAUUGCGGAUAUCUUUUGAAAUAUAAUGCAACGCUAAAUAAAACAAUCUCUCCCUCCAUUAGAAAAAUAUACAAUUGAUAGAUAAUUUGAAUUCUGAGCCUCCAAACACGAUGGUGUUUCGUUGUUGUGCAUAUAACUGUAAAAACACUGCGAAGAACAAGAGUCUCUCAUUCCACAAAUUCCCGCUGAAAGACCCCAACUUGCUGAAAAAGUGGCUUAAAAAUUUAAGAUGGAAAGACUGGAAACCUGCUCCAAACAGUAAAAUCUGCUCCAUCCACUUUGAAAAGAAGUGUUUGAUUGAAGAUGGGAAGAGAACAAGACUUCAUUCAUGGGCUGUGCCCACCAUCUUUUCAUUCCCAAAUCGAUAUCUAGAAAGAAAGGUUAAAAUCAAUCCUAGAAGCAGAAGAGCUUUGGGAAUUGUUGCAGACUCAAAUUCAUCUGGUCAAGCAGCACCUGAUGUGACAGCAGAAACCUCGCAGAGGUCUAACUCAGAAAAGCCUGAGCACAGAACUGCAGAGAGUUUACAGCCGAACACUACCAAAAGUAGUUCUAGCCAGACGAGAACAGACCCAAAGAGCGUAUCCACACAGCAACUGACAGAACCGGAAAAAAGUCCACCGUGGACCAUCCUGGGUGAUGAAGCUCUCGACAGAAGCAUGACUAUACCCAGUUUCUUUCACAGUGGAUAUUGUUUGCCCAAUAACAUCCUCUGGGCUGGAGACGAUGAAUUAAAUAUUAUGCCGCAUGUGGCUUACGGAGUUUUAGGACAAAUGAAACCCCAUAUCAUUGAGGUUAAAGAGAGGUGGGAAUGGCUUGGGCUGGAUGUUCGAGGCCCGUUCUCUCCGACAGUAGACCAGCACACGCACAUCAUGACCCUGACUGACUACCAUUCCAAAUGGGUGGAAGCUUUUCCUUUGACUCAGAAUCUCAGUCAGGAUGUGGCCAAGUGUCUCGCUGAAGUCAUCAAUCAGCAGGGAUACCCUCUCGGAAUUCUCUCCCGGCUUCCCAGGCGGGUCCUCAUGGAAGUGAACCGUGAGUUGAAGAAACGCCUGAGGUUGAAUUCAAACGCCUUAGUCAUACAUCACCGGCAAACUGGUUACAUGGACUUGGUCACCGAAUCACUUCUUAAUGAGAUGCUGGAUGAGCUGGUGAAGAAGCACGGCAGCAUCUGGCAUAUCCUCCUCCCUGCUGCCACUCUGCGCCUCUGCUGCACCAGUCACCCCUCUACCAAAGAGAAACCCUUCACCCGCAUGUGUGCCAGUGACCCUCCGUUCUCAUCCGCACCCAGAGAACUGCCUUACAGUGCUACUGAUGUUCGCUUGAGUUCUUUUGUCAUCCCAACCACUGACACCAACAAUCUAGGAGCUGUGUGAGACACUUCGGUGCACUCUCUGAAGGAUCAGAUUUUUCCCCAGUAAAGAAACUAAGCAUUUUGUCAUGUUUACUUGACCUCAAAAUUUCACAUGCACUUUGCAGUACUGCAAAAUGUUAAUUAUUUUACUAAAAUAAGAUGAAAUAAGAUAAAUAAAAGAAGAGAAAAUAAUAAAAAUUACCCCACUCAAAAGUUUACAUACACUUGAAAUUUAGUACUGUGUUGUUACCUGGUAUAGUUGUGAUAGUUGUUCAUGAGUCCUUUGUUUGUUCUGAACAAUUAAACUUCCCACUGUUCUUCUAUGAUUUUGAGAUCCAUCUUUUCACAUUGAGGACAAUUGAGGGACUCAUUGACAACUAUUGCUAUUACAGAAGGUUCAAAAAGUCACUGAUGCUCCAGAAGGAAACACGAUGCACUAAGAGUCGGGGGGAUGACCUUUGAACAGAAUGGAAAUUUCUUAUUUUGCCUAAAUAUCAUAUUUUUUUCAUUUAGUACUGCCCUUCGGAGGCUACAGAAGGUACUUACAUGUUUCCCUGAAGACAAAAUAAGUGAAAUUUACCCUGAUCUUCAAAUUCAAAAAGUUUUAAUUCAUGUUUUUUCCUUCUGGAGCAUCAGUGAGUGUUUGAACCUUCUGUAAUAGUUGCAUAUGAGAUGGUUCUCAAAAUCAUACAGUCAUUGUAGGAAAGGGUUCAAAUACGCAAAUGAUGCUGGAAAACCAAAGAAUGUGUGGGACCUGAAGGAUUUUUUCUGAAGAACAGUAGGCAGUUUAACUCUUCAGGACAAACAAGGGACUCAUGAACAACUAUCACUAAACAACAACAACAACAAAAAGAAACAGCUGUGGAUCAUUCAGGUAACAACACGGUAUGAAGAAUCAAAGGGGAUGUACACUUUUGAACGGGGUGAUUUUUAUAAAUUCAUCUAUUAUUUUCUCUUCUGUUCUAUAUGUAAACAUUGUUUAUGUGAAAUAUCUUAUUCAGGUCAGUAAUAAAUAAAAAAUAACAUGUAUUUUGUAUGAUCCCUCUUAUUUUGGUAAAAUAAUUAACAUUUUGCAGGUACCACAAUUGUACAUAGACUGUAAAUAGAGAAGCAAUUUGCACUGUUGCCUUGUACAAAUAUUAUAAAGAAAUAAAAUUCUUUUUAAAACUG